AUGGCUAAUAUAGCAGCUAAACGUAUCAAAAGAGAAUUCAAGGAGGUCAUGAAAAGUGAAGAGGUUGCAGGUGGUGCAAUAAAAUUGGAACUAGUGGACAACAGUUGGACAGAACUGCAGGGAACGAUCGCUGGCCCUCCGGAUACACCAUACGAGGGAGGCACAUUCCUGCUCGAGAUCAAAGUCCCUGAGACGUAUCCCUUUAAUCCCCCUAAGAUCCGGUUCAUAACGAAGAUAUGGCACCCGAACGUGUCGUCAGUGACGGGCGCCAUAUGUCUGGACAUCCUCAAGGACCAGUGGGCGGCCGCGCUUACACUACGCACGGUACUGCUGUCCAUACAGGCGCUCCUCUCGGCGGCCGAGCCCAACGACCCGCAGGACGCGGUCGUAGCCAAACAGUACCGCGACAACUUGUUCCUGUUCAACCUUACCGCACGCCACUGGACCAACGUGUACGCCGGCGGGCCGUCCAACAUCACCGACUUCAACGACAUGGUGCAACGACUCCUCGAUAUGGGAGUGGAAGAACAUCAGGCUCGCGUGGCCCUCUCCACAUACGACUGGGAACUGGAGCGAGCCACCGAGCAACUGUUCAGUUAG